UAUUUGGUCGUCACUCUCACGCAAAAUUGUUUAUUUCAUUCACAUUAUUCAUUCAAGUGAUAUCCAUUUAUCUGCUCCCAUUAUUUAGAUUUCAAUAUCUGUAGCAAGUCACUGAUUUGGUGAGAAGUUGGAAUUCUCCAGAUCUUCAGAAUCUAUAUGUUCUACUCACUUUCUCAUACUCUAUAUAAUUUCUUCCUUCCUUCUUUUCUUUAUUUAUUCAUUUCUUCUUGUUCUUUCUGCAGAUUUUGCAACUGAACAAAGAAAAAAUCUUCACCUUUUUGUCCUCUUUUUAGUUUCUACACUUUUUCGCCACAUCUCAUAAAUCCCAGUUACACUUUUUCUGUCUUCUUAGUAACAGACAAACCCAUAAAUGAAAAUCACUCUACAACCACAAAUUUAGUCUCUCAAUAAUACAACAAAAUUUCCCUUAACUUAAUUGGUUCACUAAUAUCCUUUUAUUAGCCGGAUCAAUGAAUAUGCAAGACUCAUCAGUAUAUUCAGAGAUCAAGCCUCAAUUUCCAGAACAAGAAAUCUUGAAAUGUCCUAGAUGUGAUUCAAUUAACACAAAAUUCUGUUACUAUAACAAUUACAACCUUUCUCAGCCACGCCAUUUUUGUAAGAAUUGUAAAAGGUAUUGGACCAAAGGAGGUACUUUACGAAACAUACCUGUUGGUGGCGCUUCUCGCAAAAACACUAAACGUUAUUCUUCUUCAAAUAGUAAACGCUCCUCAACGACGUCGUCUCUAUCUUCAUCUUCAGCAGCACAACCAAAGACAGAGCCUUUUCCUAUACCUGUUGUUGCAGCUUUUGAUCAAAAUAGUCCAAUCCACGGGCCUUUCAGCUCGCUAUUGACAUCAAACGGGCCGGAAAUUGGGAAUUUGUUUGAAGCUUUGAAACCUAAUGUGUCCGAUUCGGGCCUUGUUUCGGGUUUAGAUGCAGCAACUCAAAGUGAGAAUAACAAUACAGAUGAAUAUUUGUGUCCUGUUCAGAGUGGUGAAGAUUCUAACUGUUGGAAUGGUAGUAAUGGUUGGACUGAUCUUGCUAUUUACAGUGCUCCAGGUUCAAGCUUUCAGUAAUUAGAAAUGCCUAAAGAUGAUUAGAACUUGUAGCACUACUAGUAAUUAAGGAAAAGCAUUGAUCUUUUGCUAAGUAUAAACAAUUAUGCCUCAAUCCAGAAUUAGUUGAGAUAAGCAUAUGUUAUAUUUCCUUAGUGUUUAUUAAUUUUAAAAGUUUUUCUGUUGC